AAGUAUGGAGUGUUAAGAGACCCUUCGUGUUUAUGUUUUCUUCACUGUUUCUUUUUUCUUUUUUGUUCACGUCUGUUUUCUGUUACAUUUAGUAAGUGCUGUCACUGAUAUGAUGAAAACUGUAUUUGUAACUGUCGGAACCACAAGUUUUGAUGAUCUGAUUGGCGCUGUGACUUCAGAUGAAUCCGUGAAGGCAUUAAUCGGCCGUGGCUACACAGACGUGGUGCUUCAGGUCGGCAGAGGCUCAGUUGUUCCUGAUCCAGACAGCUGCCCAGGACUGACACUUCAGGUGUUUCGUUUCAAAGACUCAAUCGCCGAGGACAUGAGACACUCAGAUCUGAUUAUCAGUCAUGCUGGAGCAGGAAGUUGUUUGGAAGCACUCGGAGCAAAUAAACAUCUCCUUGUUGUGGUCAAUGAUAAAUUAAUGGACAAUCACCAGCUGGAGCUCGCAAAGCAGCUGCAGGCAGAUUCACAUCUUAUCUACUGCACUUGCAGUACUCUGCCUCAGACUUUGAGGGAUAUGGAUCUGUCUGCUUUGACAACCUUUGCGCCUGGUCAACCGGAGAACUUCGCCAGCUUUUUAGAUAAGGCUGUUGGACUUGUUUGAGAGCUCUCUCUUGAACCGGGACGGUUACUGUUUUAAUGAGAAAACCUGCACUGGACACUCAGUAGUCCAAUGUUGUUUGAAAAGAACAGUUUUUUACCAAACUAAUAAUUGACCUUUAAUGAUAAAUGCACUGGAGUGAAUAGUUACGGUAUGAUGCAGCUGUAAAAUAUAUAAAAUAUGAAAAAAAGCUGUUAUUUAACAAUAGUAAUGCAUUUUAGUUAAACAUUGUUAUUAUUAUUAACAUUUCAGAUUACAGUAUUUGUUAAUAAAAAAUUAAUUUUAUGCCUAGUCUUGUUCUUUAUAACUUUGUUCUAUGAAGUCACAAUGAAAAUGUCGGAUUGCUUAUCAAGAUAUUUAUUCUUAAAGAAGUGGAAGUUGUGAAGGAAACAUGCAGUAGUGAACAUCCUGUGUAG